CCGACCGCGCUCACCUCGAGUGGCCCGCUGCUUUCUUCGCUUCCUCGCACGCUCGCUGGGCCGAGCACUUUGCCCCCUGCCUGGCCAUGGAUACCUUCUUCCGCAAGAAGAACCGCCCCCGGCAGUCCUCUCUUUCCUCCCCCGAUGACCGUUCCCUCCGCCCGCUCUCUUACUCCUCCAUAGCCACAAGCCGUUCCGGCGAGUCUACCCGUCAGUCUCGAGUGUCACCGUCUGUCUCUCCUCUUGAAAGUCAACAUCCCCACCUGUCCAGUCUAUCCCAACACCUCCAUCGACUCGCCUCCGUCGAUGAGUUCCAAUUCCCGCGUCCCGACGACGAGCAGAUUGAGGCCAUGUUCCAGAACAUCAUGCGCUCCCGAGGCCUGGAAGACCUCCCAAACGUCACUGUUGAUCAGAAGUGGAGCAUGGUCUGGAGCGACGAGCAGCUUAAGUGGAAGGAGGAGAGGCAGCGCGAGGAGCAGACUAGGAAACAGCACUAUGCGCCCGGUCAGCCUGCCUCGUUUGUUGAUGGAACUCCGGAGUGGUACAUCAAAAGAUUCCUCGACAAGACCAUUACGCCCAAGCAGGCGAUGGGUCUGGGCGUGUCGCUGAGGAGCAAGGAUGUCGAUUGGUUCAAAGACUUCAUAUCCCUCCAAGGCACCUCCGUCCUAACACAGACUCUGCUCCACAUAAGUCGCAAGGGUCCUCAGAGACGGAAAGAUGACAUUGAUCUCGAAUACGAGAUUGCGAAGUGUGUCAAGCACAUACUCAAUAACUCUGCUGCAAUCAAAGAUGCGACCAGCCACCCGCAAAUUGUCAUGCAAUUCACCUCCUCGUUAAAUAGCCCGCAUCUGCCAACCAAGAAGAUCGUGUUGGAGGUACUGACUGGUCUGGCGUUGCUCGAAAACGGUCAGAUGGCGACACUCGUGUUGGAGGCCCUCGAGUCCCUUAGCACGUCCAAUGGCGAGCCGUCGUCCUCCUAUGCUUAUUGGUUCAAGUCUCUCGAGUCCGUUCUCUCGGGCAGGGGCAAAAUGGGCACUAGGGUCGGUGCAAGCGAAGAAGUCAAGAGAAAUGCAGGACAGGACGGCUCACUGAACGAAUAUGCGGUGGCAAACCUGUUUCUAGUCCUCGCCAUACUCAACCGCCCGAGCGAGCUCGAUGUGCGCGUACAUCAGCGGUCCCAGAUGGACGCUGCAGGACUACAACGCAUUCUGACGCUGUGUCGUGCUUUUGGCGUCCAGUCUGUCGACUUUCCCAUCGAGCAGAUUGAGAAUCGUUUCGCCGAGGAUGAGGAUAAGUUGAGGGCUCAGCUGGACUCACAGACGUUGCGUGAUCUGUCAAGCGUCGAGGACGUAUACGGCGCACUGAAGGUCAAGACUGAUGACUCCAAGGCUCAAGACUAUCUGCUGUCGAUGCUGCAGCACUUGCUCCUUGUCCGCGAGGAAGGACCGGACAUGGUCCAUACCUUCCAGGUCCUCGAUACACUUGUCACCGAUGUUGUCAUGGACAAGCGAUACAAUCGCGGAGAGCAGAGACUCGGUCAAUCGGUCGCCCCAAUCGAGGGGGAUCUUGCGACAGCGAACAGUGCUGCACUGCAGUAUCGACAUGAGAAGGAGCUACUAGAAGCGGAAGUUGCACAGGGGUCAGACGGGCUGGUGGGUACGCUCAAGGAGAAGGUCGUGAAGCUCGAGGAGAAGCUGAAGGUCUCAAGAGAGAACACGUCGCGGCUCAAAGGUCAGUUGGAUACGCAGAAGGCUGGCUAUGAAGAGCAGAUCGCACAGCUCGAGGCGCAGAUCAUGGAGCUCUUCCGGAUGCUCAAGGAGGUCGGGAAAGGUGUGAACAAGAUCUUUGAGAACGCUGGCGGGAUGGACCGCAAGUCCCUCAUUGAGACACUCGAGAAGCACUUUGAGCGGAACAAGACGAUUAGCAUUUUGGAGGGGCGAGACAAGCGAAAGAAGAAGAAGGGCGAGCAGGGGGAAGACAGUGACGAAGACGAUAUGGAAGAUGAAACCACGCCCAAGAAAGCGGGGAGCCUCAGAAGGCGUCGCCCUUCGCAGUCCAAGGGUCGGGCCAAGUCCACGAAGACCACCAGUGUGGCGGAAGCCGCUGCCGCUGCGCACACAUCACAGUUCAUGGACGCCGACGAUGCCCUUGUACAAGAACAGAUUCAACAGCAGCUGGCGGAAGGUGCCAUGUACCCUAACCGCAAUGGACCGCUGGCAAGUCCUCGGAGCGUUCGAGGUUCCCCACGACGCAAGGACAAUAUGCGCCCGCCACUGGGCGAAUUCGUGGCAUCGUCGUCAAAGCUCAGUCAAGUGCUUGCCCCUUCCGACGAUCUUGCUAGUGAACGCAGUGUUGGCUCCGUCGCUGACGAAGACAUCGAAAGUGACUUCGGGCGGACAUCUUCGACUCGUAGCGGCUUCUCCACACUCACAGACCCCACCUCAGUCAGCUCUGCUACCUCCGUCGACAGCAGUCGAUUUUCAGCGUUCGGACCGGGAGAGCAAAGUAAAUACCUUCCCAUCUCGAUAGAUGAAGACGCAGCUGGUGCACCGCCGCCUCCUCCGCCUCCUCCACCGCCACCGCCUCCACCACCGCCGCCUCUCCCUGAUGGCUUGUCAGCUCCUGGUUCCGGACCGCCCCCACCACCACCACCGCCCCCACCGCCGCCGCCUCCCAUGGGGCGUAUACCGAUCCCUUCUUCUGCGAGCACCAUCGUAUCCCCAGCUCUUACAUCUGGCUACCGAACGGGGACAUCUUCUGCUGCUCCUUCCGCACCCAAUUCUGCUCGAUCGUCUACAUUCCUUGGCCAGAACAUUAGUAAUCUGCUGUCAGCGCGUAAAGAUUUGUCAAUAACGCCAGGCACGAAGAUGAAGCAGCUUCAGUGGGACAAGUUACCCCAGCAGCAGGCGGCGAAGACUGUGUUCAGUGACGAAGAGCCUUCGAAGGAAGAGCAGUGGAUGCGCAAACUUCAGUCGGAUGGCGUAUGGAUGGAAAUGGAGGAAGACUUCAAAGCUAAGCAGCUCGUGAUCAAUCUUAUGGCGAAACAAAAACGUGCUGAACUCAAGAGUGUGCUCGACCCACAAACGAAAAAGCGCGUCGAGAUUCUCAUCCAGACCGUUAAGAGGCUGCAGCCGGAAGAGAUAGCGAUGAAGAUCAGGCACUUCGACCAGGGAGUGUGUACCCCGGUGUUCUUGAGCGAACUCAAGCCCGUGUUACCGAAUCCUGAGCAGGUCGGCAAGCUCAACGUUUACCGCCAUGCAGACCCCGAAGAGCUUGCCGGUCUUCAUCCUUCAGAUCGAUUGAUGGUUCAGCUCAUCAAGCUCGAUCGUCUCGCGCCACGGAUAGAAGGCAUGUUAUACAAGUGCACCUUCGAGGAGACAUGGGCCUUACUUGACGAUAGCGCUCGAAAGCUAUCAGAAGCCGGUAAUGCACUGCUUCAUGCGAAGCAUUUCAAGGAGCUGCUAAGCCUGAUUCUCUUGAUUGGAAACUACAUGAAUGGCACGGGUGUGAAGGGCGGCGCGUUCGGUUUCAGAGUGAGCAGCAUCAAUAAGUUGGUUGACACGAAGUCCGUACACAACACUACGCUUCUCCACUUCCUGGAGCGUACAGUGGCGAAGCAUUUUCCUGACAUGGAAGCCUUCUUGGACGAGUUGAGUGCUCCAGCAGAGGCGUACAGAGUGAGCUUACAGGAUGUCCGUAAAAGUCUCGGAGAGCUACGCGAAGGUCUCAAAUCGAUACGUCGAGAAUUGACAGAGCACUUCGCGGACGCCGAGCAAACGGACCGCUACGGAUCGCAGAUGUGGGCAUUUGUCAGAGAGGCCGCAUCCCAAGUCGAAGAUCUCGUGGAUGAUGUGAACAACGCCGACACAAUCUAUUCGGAGGUAGUCAAGUUCUACGGCGAAGAUGUCAAGCAAAUGAACUCGACCGAAUUCUAUGGUAUCUUCAAAACAUUUGUUACGUCUUACAGAAAAUGCAAGUCAGACAAUCAAGCUAUUGCCGAUGAGCGGCUGGCGGCGGAGAAGAGAAGACAGGCUGCUGAAGAGUCGAAGGCCAAUAGACAGAAGGCUCUCGAAGACAACACAGUGGAAGAGAGCGAGGACACGGCCGUCCUGGACAACCUAUUGGAGAAGCUCCGGAGCGGCGACACAGUGGGGCGCAAGGCUCGACGAACGCGACCAAAUACUGUGGCGCGCCCUGCAGCUCCUCUGUCACUCGAUCCUGAUGCACUCUUGGGAGUGGAUAUUAAUCCCGGUAACACAACCGUAGACAUCGCGAAGGAUAUGCUCGCGCGUCUCAAGUCGGAUGGCUUCAGCACGCAGCCACCGCCGCCUUCCACUGUUACAUCAAUUCAUCAAAGGCGAAGUCGACGCAGGCUGGAUGCAGGUUCCGUGGACCUUCUGUCCGAGGAAGUGGAUGCAUUGGCUGCAUCUGAACGCGAGGCAACGGUGCGUGCGAUAGCUGAUGAUGGGGAUUCAGCAACGGAGGAAUCUACACUAGUCAAUUCAGUUCUGGAUGAUGAGAGUGUGUCAGGUGUAUCAUAGUGUGCUUCGCUUGCCUCUAUCUCUAUAACUACAUUGUUGUGAUCAUAUCCUGGAUACCCUUUUGUGCUGCAUAUAUUGAGGGCAUCUGAUCUUAGUUGUAUUGUACUGCCAGUUUACUGUGCAUUGAAUACAAAUGUACUCACCAUUUGUUGAAAUGUGCUCUAAUCAAUGUACACAUGCCU